CUCGGACCCUCGGUACCUAGCGCCAUCUAACGGCUAGGUUAGAGGCGAAUUCUAGUUUUUCCCUACAUCGCGGUUGUUUACGUUGAGUAAAUAAAAAUGUCACCGAUUUUUCAACACGUUAAUCGACAGAACAAUACACAGAGGAAUAAUCUGGUUCACGUUUGCAGAUUGUCAAUCAAGAGCCUAAUUGAUAAGUCAUGUUUUGAAGUAAUUGAUGACAAGUCUGAAGAGCUGCUCAACUUUGCAGUGAUUCUUGAGCAUAUUCUGUCACAUCGGCUUAAGUCGGGGGUAACCUGGUAUGGCUCAGAAGAACGCAAAACAUUCUGGCAGUUCAUCAAGGCCACUUGUCGAAAACUACCUGGCAGCAGUAUUGCUAAGAUUGAAUCGCUGACUGGACUUCGAUCACCGCUGGCAAAGGGGCGUGCAUGGAUCAGGCUGGCACUAAUGGAAAAGAAGCUAGCUGCAUAUCUGUCUGAAGCACUGAAGCAAGAAAAGCUGCUAAGGAAUUACUAUGAAGAUCAGGCCGUUAUGCUCACAGAAGAUGCAUCUGUUAUCACCGGCAUGCUGGUGAGCCUGAAUGCUAUCGACUUUAGCUUUUGCUUAAAGGAGGAUGACCUGCAAGAUUUGGGAAUUGGUCACUAUAAUGUGAUUGACUACACACCUUACCUACAGUUUCAAAUGAGUUCCUUGGGCCAUUUCAAUGACACUCUCGAGUUGGCCACUAUUGGAGGGGGCAGUAGGUCUAACCGUGACAACAGUCCACCACUCCCUCCUGAUGGCAUCCAAGAUGCUGGGGAGCAUGGGUGUGAUGACAGCGAACUUGACACGUGGAAGAGCUGCUACCAGAAGCUACUCGAAAAGUACAGAACGCUGUGCAAGCAGAAGAGCUAUUUGGAGGAGCUGAUGCAUGUGCGAGACAGGCAGCUGCAGGCGGUGAGCGACCAGCAUUGUAGCGUAGCUAGCGCCCUCUCACUGCGAGAGCGCGAGAUGUGGAGAGACAGAGAGCAGCUGGAGGAGGUGAUCCUGGAGCUUCAGCAGCAGUUGUCAGAUCGUAGAAACCUGGAGGAAUAUCUCAUCAUGCAGUGCAAGGGCAACAUGGACGCCGACAUCCUGGAAACGCUGAGCAUGCACAGGCUACGGCACAUCUCCGACGGUCAGAUGUCUCGUGGGAGCCGUCGCACGCUAGACGCAUGCAGCACGGAGUUGACGGCGAGUGGCGAGGUCGAGGCGGUGCUGCCCUCUGGUGGCCCAACGCUCGCUCGCCAGCGCUCCAGCCAGCUGGACACUCACAGCCUGCGGUCGUCUCACAGCACCGUGUCAACCUGCUCCUACGCCAGAGGAGUCAAGGAAGAUACGGUCAGCUUGAUACCGAUGACAGGAUCUUUAACUUCCCAGCAGUCUGCAGAACUUGGGCUGUCUACAGAUAUACAAGUUGCAGUUGAAGCCAUUCCAUCUCUCUUCACCAACUACAAGGGGGACGUGAAUCGACCAGACAGCCCAGUUCACAUCGUCGUCAGCCACGAGGUGGCGCCAGAGGUCGCGUGCGCGUCUCACUUUCCGGACAGCGUCAGCUUGCAGCAGUGGGAGGAGGAACGGCACACGGACGCGUGCGGCGCGCACCAGUUGCCGAGGAUGCGUGGCUCCGCCGACGUCGCCCCGUCUCGCCUCCCGCGCAGCACGGGGGAUUCACUACCCACCGACGCCAGUUUGAGACACCAUCUUGAAGAUGCUGAUGGAGGAGCUGACAUAUCGCCCGGGCAGGAGGAGAGGAGCGCCGCUGGCCGCUGCAUGCCUCCCGCGCAAGAAAAACCGAACGACAGAGCAUCGAUCAGCGUGGCUUUAUCGUCUGAUGUCGUUGCCACAGCGAUUUCGCACGACGGUGAUGAGUACAGGAAAGAAACACCUUCACAAGCCGAUGAGUACAGGACAGAAACACCUUCACAAGCCGAUGAGCACGUGACAGAAACACCUUCACAAGCCGAUGAGCACGUGACAGAAACACCUUCACAAGCGAAUGCGCACGUACAGAAACACCUCACAAGCCGAUGGAAGCACGCUGACUAG